UUAACUUGUAAACAGCCUCCCUCAGCUCUCAGCCGUUUACGACCCUCACUGAUGAGGCGAUGAGUACUUAACGGCGUGUACUUAUCACCCUAUUACUAUUACCAUUACUAUUAUUAUUAUUAUUAUUAAUAAUAUCAACCGUUUACGACAACCGGUGAAACGUUACAUCGGUUGUCUCCCAUAGCUCUACGUUUAAUCCGCCUGUCGUAAAUCUUGAAAUGCUUUUAAUCUCCACCGACAAAGAGUUAAUUAUUGUUUUUUUAUAAUCAUUGUCGGCGAAUAUCAGAAGCUACUUUCACUUAAAGUGCGACGGGGCCGUUAAUUUCGUUUAAUUCAGGAUUUCUCUGCACCGAGAACCGACACCGACCGACGAGCCGAAGAUGAACCCGAGCGGAGCGCACCGCAGCGGGAAGACUUUCCUGUUCACGUCCGAGUCCGUCGGAGAAGGACACUCCGAUAAAAUGUGCGAUCAGAUCAGUGACGCUGUGCUCGAUGCGUAUCUAAGUCAAGACCCCGACUCUAAAGUGGCCUGUGAAUGUGUGACGAAGACGGGCAUGGUCCUACUGGUCGGAGAGGUGACAUCUAAGGCCAUCGUGGAUCUGCAGACGGUGGUCCGAGAUACCGUCAAGAAGAUCGGCUACGAUGGCUCUUCGAAAGGUUUUGACUACAAGACCUGCAAUGUGCUGGUGGCACUGGAGCCGCAGUGUGAGGAGAUAUCGGACUGUGUGUUUGAAGGCAGGGAUCAGGAGGACAUCGGGGCUGGAGACCAGGGUCUGAUGUUCGGCUACGCCACCGAUGAGACGGAGGAGUGCAUGCCGCUCACCAUCCUGCUGGCUCACAAGCUCAACUACAGGAUCAGGGAGCUGUCGCUCAGCGGAGAGUGUCCGUGGAUACUACCGGACUCCAAAUCACAAGUCACAGUGGAGUACAUAGACAACUCUGGAGCCAUGGAGCCUCUGCGAGUUCACACGGUGGUCAUCUCCGUGCAGCACAUCCCAGAAAUCACCCUGGAGGAGAUCAGACGUAGUCUGAUGGAGAAGGUGGUGAAGGUCGUCAUUCCCGCCAAGUACCUGGACGACAAGACCAUCUACCACCUGCUGCCGAGCGGGAAGUUCCUCAGGGGCGGCCCACAGAGUGAUGCAGGACUCACGGGGCGUAAGAUCAUCGUGGACACGUACGGAGGAUGGGGGGGGCACGGAGGAGGGGCUUUCUCCGGGAAGGACUACUCCAAAGUGGAUCGGUCCGGAGCGUACGCGGCACGCUGGGUCGCCAAGUCUUUGGUCAAAGCCGGGCUGUGCAGGAGAGUCCUCGUUCAGAUCUCUUACGCCAUCGGUGUGAGCCAUCCGCUCUCCAUCUCCGUGUUCCACUACGGCUCAUCGAACAGAGACGAGGACGAGCUGCUGCAGAUAGUGCAGAAGAACUUCGACCUGAGGCCCGGGGUCAUCGUGAAAGAGCUGGGUCUGAAGAGGCCGAUCUACCAGGCCACCGCCUGCUACGGUCACUUUGGCAGAGAGGAGUUCCCCUGGGAGAAACCAAAGUCUCUGGUGUUUUGAGGAUCACAUUCCAGUUAUGUCCUCCUAAUAAUCAAACAAUCAAAGGAGUCAAUUCAUCCAAAUACCACUGUGUAACUGAAAAACAUAAACGUCUUCUCUCUGACCGUCAGCUGUGGCCUUUGUUGAAGAAUUCAUUUUGAUUUUAACAAAAUCAUGAUUUAUGCUGUUUUCCUGUAUGGGAAACUGUAGUUUGUUUAAAAUAAUAAUAAUAGUGAUGAUGAUGCCAUGAAUGUGAUUUUUCUUUUGAAUAUCGUGGAAGAAUUGUCCGGUACUGUCACAUUUAUAAAAACAAAUCAUUUAUUUUGAUAAUAAUAUUUGGUGAUUAAAGCGCUGCAUAAACCUC